AUACCACGGCACUGGGCUAAUCCAUACAGAUGACCGUCACAAUUGCCUUUAUGGUCUGUGGCGCUAAUUCGGACCUCUUUGGUCGGCGCUGGUUCAUCAUUGGCGGAAAUGUGAUAAUGUUCGUUGGGUUUAUAGUCGGUGGCUCGGCGAAAAACAACACAGCAGUCUUAGUCGCUUGUGCCUUGAUCGGAUUUGGUGGUGGAAAUGCACAACUCGCUGCAUUUGCCCUCCCUGAGCUGCUACCGAACAAAUGGAGACAUUCCGCUAUUGUUAUUGCGGAUAUUGGAGUUUACUUCGCCGUCAUCGUUGGCCCUGUCGCUGGGAGAUUUGCUGGACAGCACGGCGACGCUUGGAGAUGGCUAUUCUACGGUCCAGCUAUUGCAGUUGGCUUCUCGUUCGUGGGCCUUUUUUUCUAUUACUUCCCACCAGCUCAUCCACGAGGUAUUCCAUUCCGCCAGGCGCUUCGCGAGCUCGAUUACGGAGGAGCGAUUCUUUUCAUCAUCUCUACGACCUUGACAUUGACUGGAAUUGUGUACACAACUACACUUCCAUCAUCCGAUCCCAAGGUCAUCGGCACUCUUGUCAGUGGACUCGGGCUGCUGGUUAUGUUCGCACUGUACGAGACGUUCAUACCGUUGAAACAGCCUCUUACGCCAACUCAUGUCUUCACACGUGGCCAUGGACGUGAGCUCACCGCUCCCUUUGUGGCUGGGUUUGUCGUUACCAUGUUCUACUAUGCAAUCAACGUGAUCUACCCCACGAUGAUUGCCGUAUUCUUCACGAACGAAACGACUAGUUUCCGAUAUGCGAUCGUUCUAACACUUCCUCAGAAUCUCGGAUUGACCUUCGGUGCCGUCCUGCUCACUAGUUUUGGUACCAAGAUUGGGCAUUGGAAAUGGACUCUCACUGCUUCAGUGACCACCAUGGUGGUCUUCGGUGCGCUUCUCGGGCUCGGUACACCUGACAGGAAGGGCAUGAUGAUCGCGUUCGUCUUCCUAGCUGAGAUGGGUUUUGGCUGGGCGCAGUACUUAUCUAUCGCUUUCAUCCAAUUCGGUGUCGAUCAAGUUGAGUUGGGUAUCUCUGGUGGUCUAGCCGGCGUUGCACGCUUUGCGGGCGGAUCAGUAGCUAUCAGCGUCUACACCACCAUUCUUACCAAUGUGCAAUCUUCGCACGCAGCAAAGCUUGUACCUGCUGCAGCCAUCGCUGCCGGCCUACCUGCGGCGUCUGCUUCCGCGCUCCUCGCCGCUAUUCCUCUUGGCUCCGCCGCGAUCGCGAAGGUGCCGGGCAUCACCACCGAGAUUGCUGUUGCAGCGGGAGCGGCGUUCCAGCAGAGCUAUGCAGUAGGAUUACGGACUACGGCCCUGAGCUCGCUGAGUUUUGGUAUCAUCGGGAUAAUUGCCUGCAUUUGUUGCAAUGAUAUUGGGCACAAGAUGACAAACAAGAUUGAGAUCUUCCUUGAAAACGACGAGAAUGCGGAGAAGAAUAAAUUCCAUUGAUCGUUAGGAGGGUGUAGAUACGCCCAUAUGCCGCCGUCUGAAGCGCCUCGAUAUAUUUCCAGAAACACGGACAAGAUGGAAAGUCCAUUGCUUUGGAUGAUCUGGAUACAUGCCGGGGUACCUCGGACGGCUGUGGAUAGGUCCACAGACUAGAACUGUGCCAUAGACUUUUAUCUCAAAUCAUGUCGUGACGAGUGUCUGAGCUGCUG